AUGCUCGGGUUCCUGGAAGUGGUGACGGUGAGUAAGUUUCCAAAGGUGAGUAAACUUCCAACAUUGAUGCCUGUUCGUCUUGGUGUGACUCGCCGUUUCGUUACCACCACCACCUUCACAUCGGGCGUCCAGUACCACACCAACACCAUGGGCUACCUCAAUGCUCCUGAAGCGCAGACACUAGUCAACACCUCACCACCACCAACCAUCAACACCACAAUCUCACCUCUUACCUUCUACUACCACCACCUUUCACCACCGUCCAGCACCACACCAAACACCAUCAAUACCACUAAUACCAAACUAUCCAAAGCAGCACCACCACCCUACCCUCUCAAACCUCUCUCCAAACCACCACCAAACCAUCAACACCACAAUCUUAACCGUUUCACAUACCAAAACCCAACCACCAAUAAGACCCACUCAUUAUCUAAUACAACCGACCUAAAACCAUUUCAACCACCUACAAUCUCUACCUCUACGCGAACCAACCAUCUGAACACCACCAGACCUAAAGAACCCACUACCAUCAAUCACCGUAACAAUUCUACAAGACCACUGCAUACCACCACCAAUCAUCACACACCCUCUCCCACCAAAUACCCACCACCAUACUCACACCAUCCUACUCAGAUCAACAGCCACCCAAUCUCACCCUCUACCACCAACCUCAACAUACCUAACAAAUCUUCAACCUCUACCACAAAAUACCUCACUAAUACCACCACCAAUCUUAACACCACAAUCUCACCCUCUACCAUCCACCACCAACUUCACUCUCCCAACCGAUCCGCCCGCACUCUAACAACAAUAACAAAAACUGAAGCAACUUAA